AUGGAUAAACUCUCUGGUCUCGCGUCCAAGCUCGGCGGUGGCAGCAAGAACUCUGGUUCAAACCAGACUGCGGGCAACGAGGAUAUGGUGGACAAGGCCCUUGAUAGCGUUGAGCGCAAGUUUGGCGGUGGCAAGAUCGACCCUUCCAGUGAUAAAAUCCGCUCGACCAACGAGAAGAUCACCGAUGGCGCUCGUGCCCAGUUUGAGAAGGCCACUGGCAAGAACGUUCCCGACAAGUUCUCCAACUAG